CAUGCGCAGUGAGUGCAGCUGCCGUCGCCAGACAGCAGCAGAGCACCGAGGCACCGGGACGGUCUCUGCGUUCCACCGACAGAACCACGUUAAAUCUCCACAAAAUGAAGUUUCCGCACUCAUACACUCACGAGGAUAUGGUGGUGAGAGGGUGUCCCAUGCUGCAUUAGUGGAACCGUGACAUGCUGGCCUGUCUGCCGGCAUCAGGUGACCCCACCGCCAGACUUCUCUCCCGCACGCAGAUGAACACUGGACUUCAGAAAUGGGAAACUACACAGAAGAUGAGCUCUGCCAGCUAUCCAACCCCAGCAGAGUUAGAUGCCUUUGCUAAGAAAAUUGCCAACAACCCUCUGACCAUCCAGAUCUUCCCCAACAGUGUCAAAGUGCCUCAAAGGAAACACAUUCGACGCACAGUCAACGGGCUCGACACGUCCUCGUCCAGCCAGCGCCACAGUCCCUACCCCUCUCAGGUCAGCGCCAGCAGGGGCCUGCUAGCCGUCCUCCGUGCGCCUGCCAAAGGCCUCAUCAAAGAGUCCGACGGUAGCCGCGCCCGGCAGCUUGAUAAGGGCAACAUGAACCCUCACAGUGGGCCGUACGCCACUCAAAGCACUUUAAAUCAUCCCCAGCCUGCGCAGCAUCUACAGGGCCAGGCCCAGGCUGCCCAGAAGCAGGGAAUGGUUCACCCACAGGUUCUGCAGCAGCAGCAGCAACAACAACAACAACAGCAGCAGCAGCAACAACAACACCAUCAACAACAACAGCGGCAGCAGCAACAACAACAACAACAGCAGCAGCCGCAGCAACAACAACAACAGCAGCAGCCGCAGCAACAACAGCAGCAGCAGCCAAGCAUGACUCACCCAAUGACUCUACAGCAGCCUCAAACCCUGCCUCACCCAGGGGCUCUACAACAGAGGAACGCGGCUCAGUCUCAGGCUCUGCAGCGGCAGCAGAGUUUGUCCCAGGUUCAGACUUCACAGCAGCAGAGACUGGCUCACCCACACACUCAGCCUCCUCCUCCUCAGCAGCAGCAGCAGCAGCAGCAGCAGCAGGGUCAGGGUCAGUCCUGCCCUGCAGUCGUACCACAGCAGCAUCUUUCUCAUCUGCAGACUCUAAAGCAUCAGGCGGCUCCUCCGCAGGCUUUACUUACACAGCAAGGAGUGACUCAGGAUCUGCACCACAUAUCUGAUGGUGUGCAGCACACCCAGGGGCUUGCAGGCUCACAGCCUCUUCCCCAGGCUGGGGGGGCAGGACCCCCAACCAUGCCUAAUAGCCUCCAGCAGCCCCCACCAGGGGCUUACGGGCCCCGGAAGCUCCCUGAUGCAGACGCUCCACCAAAUGUUACUGUAUCUACCUCCACCAUCCCACUGUCAAUGGCGUCCGGCAUGCAUCAGAACCGGCCCAGUGACAUAAGCAGUAUUGUGCACCAAAUCAACCAGUUGUGCCAGGCACGGGCAGGCAUGGGCAGCACCUCAGUCUGUGAGGGCCAGAUUGCAAACCCCGGCACCAUCAGCCGCAACCUGCUGAUCAACGCCAGCUCCAGGGUGUCCUCUCACCACCCGGCCCUGGGCUCCGGGCCCAGCUGCCUCAUGGUGGGCCCCCCAGACAAGGGGGCAGCUAUGACUCCCAGUGCUGGGCUGCAUUCACAGCCAAAUAUAGCUCCUCCUAAUAGUAUGCCUGCCUUUCACACCGACCCAGAGAAGGUACAACUGCAGCAGCAGCAGCAGCAGCAGCAGCUUCAGCACCAUUUACAUCAGCAGAAACAACAACAACAACAACAACAACAACAGCAGCUGCAGCAGCAGCAACAUUUACAACAGAUGCAGCAGCUGCAGCAGCAGCGCUCCUGGGCCCAGCACCAGCUGGCCCACAUGCAGCAGCCUCCUGAGGGGGCCCAUCCCUGCAAGAACCCGAGGAUGGAGGCUCCGGCCGAGUUUUCUUUCCCCUCUCGAAACCUAAGCUAUUCUCACAAGCUACCAAACACUACACAAUCCUUUCCUCUGAAACACCCUGCUGAAAAACCACCAUCUUCAUCCCCUGUUAACUGUGCAGGAGGUUCUAUGCCUUACAUUAAUAGCCACUACAUGCAGCCACUGUGGGGGGGCCUUCCAGCCACAGCAGGGAACAAUGGAUCUGGCCCUCAGGACCUCCCUGGGACUUACCAGGGCGGGCAGGCCGCUGCCUCCACAGAACGAGUCCCAGGGGCAAAGUAUCGGCCGGGGAAAGAGGGUCCGGGUGGACCUUCCAAGUUGAUGCAGAAUGUGGAUUACUUAGGAGGGGACUUCCAGAUGCCCGGCUUUCAGGAGCAGAACUUGGAUGUUAUUGAGAAGAUGCACAGGUCAGCAAUGGGCCAUGUUCAGGAGCCCAGCAACGGAGGAACUGUCCACACUCACCACCCAGGCUACCAUUAACAUGUGUCCCCUCUUGGUGUCUUGAGUUGAGUCUCAACAGCUACUUUCAGCUUCUGUGGUUUAUUCUUUAAGAUCUUGCAAGUGAUCGAUUAGUUUAUUGCUCCGGAGCUUGAUGUGUAGACCCACCAGGUUGUGAUGUUUCAAAGUGUUCCUCAGGUCUUAAGCCAUGUCGUACCUUCUGUUGCAGAUGAAGGGUUUUUGAGAUCCCUCUUUUCGUCACUGGCAUGUAUUUGCUGCUCUUUCUUCGUGUAUAUAAUGUGUUCUGACACAUUCGUUUGCAGCUGAGAAUAUUCUCACUAUAUAAUCGUCACAGUGCUUUUUUCCCAGCAUUCGUGGCCUUACAACUGCCCAGAGGCGAGACUUAGGAUGUCUGCGCCUAACGGUUUUAUUUGCAGUUUUUUAUCCUCUUCACAGAUCUGCGAUCCAUUUAAACACGAAGGUUACAUGUAUAUGCAAUUAACAAGACUGUUGAAAAGGCUUUUGUCCCAGGAGCUCCCCCCAUGUUGACGCAGACACUGGUGAAGAGCCACGUCGACUCCCAUCAGGACUACAUGGCUUCCCAAUUGAGUGUUCCCGGUAGUUCGUGAUUUGUUGUGCGGGGGGGGCACCGUGUACGAAGUGCUCAUGGUUUUAGUAAAAAAUAAGACAUCGGCCAGCUCUCGCAAAACCGGAAACAUUCUCCAUUCCUGAGAUUUGCGUAGUUUCUCAAGUAGACACUAGGUUUCUCUGUCGUUUAAAAAAAAGUUUAAAGUGCCCUCUUGUGUGUAAUAUGUCGAGAUUUGCGUUUGAAGUAGUUAUUAUUUUAUUAAAUGUUUCGUUUUAUUUCAGUAGAUGGUCCAACUUGACCAGUAGAAUGAAUUUUUUUUUAUGUUAUGGUUAACAUUUGGCAAAAGGAGCAGAGACUCCACUAGCCCCUAUUUGUCUAAAGCUAAUGUGAAACCGAGUAACAGCCCAUUGUUAUAGAAAUGGUUUACGUGUCGGUGUGUGAAAAUCACUUGCAACGUGCAAGUACGAAUAAAUCAGGCGGAGGAAAAUGCUUUAUUUCCCUGUUUCAACAUGUUUCCUCACCACUUUACUACUGUAACUCAAGUGGGCUGUAUCUGUAUCUACUAAUCACUGGCCUUACCCUGUGUCCUAC